UUUGUGCUACAGUUUGUUUUGUAUGAAAAGUGCUUUAUAAAUAAAGAUUGAUUGAUUGAUUGAUUGAUUGAUUGAAAAACCAAAUAAAUGCAGUGAACAAGGCAGGACUGGGCCCACAGAUAGGGUGCUUUGCACAUGCCAUUAAUUUAGCAUCCCAAAAGGGAAUUAAAGUGAGUAAGAUGGACCGCCUCCUUGGGAGGAUAAGGAAGGUGGUUUCCUACUUCCACCGAAGUUCAACAGCUGCUCAUGUGCUUAAGACCAAGCAAGAUAUGCUACAGCUGCCUAAUCAUAAGCUCAUACAUCCCAACAAGGUGGAACUCCACUUAUGAUAUGUUGGAGUGUUAUCUUAAGCAGCAGACAGCUAUAUACUCUGCACUAACAGACAAAACCCUGAAGAAAAAUGUCAGAGACAUCGUCACCUUGUCUGAUGAUGAUGUUAGAGUGGCAGAGGAGGUCCUCCAGCUGCUCAAACCACUCAAAGCGGUUACAACUCUGUUGAGCACUGAAACUGCACCAUCUGUGUCCAUGAUCCUGUUCUGAAAACAAGGAUCCUACAAUCCAUGGUCCCAAGUGAGAAAGACAGCUCCAUCACAAGAGAUGUCAAGACUGCCAUUAGAGAGGACCUGAAGCACAGAUACACUUCACCACCAGCCCUACAGGAGUACCUUCACCGAACUACUGCACUUGAUCCAAGGUUCAAGUCCCUGUCUCACCUAGACCUUGCCCUAUGCCUGAGGACAUACAGUGAUCUCACUACUGAGACUGUGAGCAGUCUUGGCACUGCAGACUGUGAAGAGGGUCAAGCAGCACCAACAGGAGCAGACACAAGUCCUCCUCAAAAGAAGUCGGCAAUGGCGGAGCUUUUUGGCAACACCUUUGUACAGAAGGACAUGGGCAGCAAGACUUUUGCUGACACCAUCAAAGAGCAGGUGGCAUCCUAUGAGGCAUAACAGGAGCAGAAGAGUCUGUUGGAGCAGCAGAGGAACAAUUUCAGCCAUUUGGACUCAGCUCAGCCACUACAGUGGAAAAAAUGUCUUCAACACAAAAGGACCAACAUGGAGCAAGAAGUCGGCACUCUCAGGAGGCCGACAAACCUCACAGAAGAAGGGGAGAGAAAACAUACAGCUGUGAGUUGUGUGGAAAGUCUUUUGCCCGGGCUGGAGACUUAAAAAGACACCAACUCAUCCACAGUGGAGUUAAACCUUACAGCUGUGACUUGUGUGGAAAGUCUUUUACCCGGGCUGGAGACUUAAAAAAACACCAACUCAUCCACAGUGGAGUUAAACCAUACAGUUGUGACUUAUGUGGAAAAUCGUUUGUGCAGGCUGGAAACUUAAAAAAACACCAACUCAUCCACAGUGGAGUUAAACCUUACAGCUGUGACUUGUGUGGAAAAUGGUUUACCCAGGCAGAAAACUUAAAAACACACCAACUCAUUCACAGUGGAUUUAAACCUUACAUCUGUGACUUGUGUGGAAAGUGUUUUACCCAGGCAAAAGACUUAAAAACACACCAACCCAUCCACAGUGGAGUUAAAGCGUACAGUUGUGACUUGUGUGGAAAGUCUUUUGCCCUUGCUCAAAGCUUAAAAAAGCACCAAGUCAUCCACAGUGGAGUUAAAGCGCACAGCUGUGACUUAUGUGGAAAAUCGUUUGUGCAGGCUGGAAACUUAAAAAAACACCAACUCAUCCACAGUGGAGUUAAAGCGUACAGCUGUGACUUGUGUGGAAAGUCUUUUACCCGAGCUGGAGCCUUAAAAGAACACCAACUCAUCCACAGUGGAGUUAAACCUUACAGCUGUGACUUGUGUGGAAAGUCUUUUGCCCGGGCUGGAGGCUUAAAAAAACACCAACUCAUCCACAGUGGAGUUAAACUUUACAGCUGUGACUUGUGUGGAAAGUGGUUUACCCAGGCAGAAAACUUAAAAACACACCAACUCAUUCACAGUGGAUUUAAACCUUACAGCUGUGACUUGUGUGGAAAGUCUUUUACUCAGGCUGGAGCCUUAAAAACACACCAACUCAUCCACAGUGGAGUUAAACCUUACAGCUGUGACUUGUGUGGAAAGUUUUUUACUCAGGCUGGAGCCUUAAAAACACACCAACUCAUCCACAGUGGAGUUAAAGCGUACAGCUGUGACUUGUGUGGAAAGUCUUUUACCCUUGCUCAAAACUUAAAAACACACCAACUCAUUCACAGUGGAUUUAAACCUUACAGCUGUGACUUGUGUGGAAAGUCUUUUACUCAGGCUGGAGCCUUAAAAACACACCAACUCAUCCACAGUGGAGUUAAAGCGUACAGCUGUGACUUGUGUGGAAAGUCUUUUACCCUUGCUCAAAGCUUAAAAAAGCACCAACUCAUCCACAGUGGAGUUUAAGCACACUACUGUGACUUGUGUGGUAAAGCUUUUGCUCAAAGUCGAAACUUACAGAAGCAUCUAGUUACCCACUCUGGAAUUAAGGCGUACAGCUGCGAUUUUUGUGGAAAAAGGUUCAGUGACAAACAGUACCAAAAUAUUCACCUACGGAUUCACACUGGAAAUUAUGUUUCCUGCUGUGAUCAGUGUGGGAAACUGUUUACAACAGAUGCACAGUUACAAUGACACAUGUUUAGCCACUCUGAGGAGAGACCUUACAAAAGUGACCUGUGUGAAAAGACUUUUAAAGUUCCACAUCACCUGAAAAAAACACCAACAGAUCCACACCAGAAAUUAACUCUACAAGUGCAGUUUCUGUGAGGAUGUAUUGAUUUUUUAUCUUGUAAUUUUAACCUGAUUGUUUGGAACAAGUCUGAUCAGUAAACUUAUGGAGUUAUACUGAAUGAACAGUUUGGAAAAAUGAAGAGUCAUUUUCGCUCGGUAAGCUGAGUGUUAUAAUGUAAACAGUAAAACGUAGUUGGACAUUGGCACAGAUCACUUACGCUGUCAUUGUUUAGAAGCAGAGCAACACAGAUGGAUCCAGUUCUCAACCCUGUCGUCACUGUGGUGGUGGGAAAACGUUUCUCUGUGACCUUUGUGGAAAAACCUCCAAUCAUCAACGGGACCUUAAACCACGUCAACAUAGACACACUGGAGACAAAAUGAAUUACUGCAAAGAAUGUGGGAGAGGCUUCCACACACCAAGUACAUUAAAAAUACAUGAACUCUUCCACAGUGGGGUCAAAAAGCACAUCUGUGACCAGUGUGGGUCAUCCUUCACCACUGCACGUGAGCUUAACGAACAAGAAUUAGCAAAUCCACACAGGAGAGACACCAUACAAGUGCAGACACUGUGACAAAAACUUCUCACAAUCAGGUCAUCGUAACAAACAUGAUUGUACUCACAUGGAAGUGAACUUCAGCUCUGACCAGUGUGACAAGAGCUUCAGGAAUCUCAGUUCAUACUCCAAACACAAACGAUUCCACGCUGUAAAUAAACUGUUUCACUGUUACCAAACUGAUAUUGUAUCAAAAUUACUGAUAUGGAUAUAUAUCAAUUUCUUUCAUUUGAACUUUCUUAGUUUUUCCAAAAUUAACUUCUUUUUUUUAAAUGUAUUCAUUUUAAAGAAAUGUUAAACGUUAAAAACAGCAGCACACAUAAGGACCCUUUUGUUAAUUCAAAUUCUAUUAAACAUGUAUUUUUGGCUCCUCCUUAUGUUAAAGCAUUAGUUACAUUUGAUGAACUCUGUGUAAAGUUUGUCUUAUUAAACAGUUUGGUGUGAAAAAUAAAGAAAUGGUCUCAGAACAAGAAGUUUGAGCCCUGAUUUCAGAUUCAAACUAAUUUAACUGUUUUCGGUGGUACAUGUGGAGCUUUAUCAGAGGAGGAGACUUGGCUGUUCUCCACUCACACUGAACACAGUUCCUGCAGCUCAUUAAAAACUGAAAUGAUCUUCAAGGGACAAAAAGGUCAUAAAAUAUUUGAUUUUUCUCAAAAACGUGCUGUGGGCAUUAAAUUUUCAGAGGGUAUGUUUAAGGUGCUUUGUGAUUAUCAUCUCACACAUUCCAAUAAAGCAGAUGUUCCGGCAUUCCAACAGCGGUUUGCAGAUGU